AUGGCUAAUAUACAAAAUGAAAAAAAUGAAACAACAGCAAUUUUCAGUACAAAGGAGGAAGAUUUAUUUCAGAUAUACAAAAAUCGUAACACAACUGAAGGCCAUAAAAGAAAACAAAAAAUAAAAUGUUUAAAUGUGCUAAUUAGCUCUUUUCUGAGUGGCAAAAAUGAUGUUUGCACAGAUUACAGGCCGUGUAAACUGGAUGAUAAUAUAGUAUCAUAUAAGGAAGGACAUAAGGUAGUAUCAAAUGACGAGGAUCCGAAUGUUCCUCCAAAUACAGCAGUGGGGACAUGUGUUGACAAAGGUGCAUAUCCAUUUAGCAUAAAUAACCAUAACGAUGUUCUAAUUUUUUCAAAGAAAAAUAUAGACAAUGAUUGUUUCCAUUUGAAAAAAAUACAAAGGGAAUGCAAUAAAAUAUAUGAUAAUUUAAAAUUUUACAAAGUACAAAAUCACGAUAUACAUAAAUUUCGACCAGAAGAGGUAGAUACGGAUAUAAUAAAAUUAAAGCACGAUUUAGAUUUUCUUGAAUAUAACGAUUAUGAUAUUUUUGGUGAUAAGGAUUCAGAAAAAGUUGCUUUACGAUUAGUUCAAGAAAAAUGUAAGAAAAUUGUUCAAGGAUUAAAUUUUAACUGUGAUUCAGUUGAUAUACGUGAAGUAAUCGACAUUUUAAAUGUAAUUACAACUCCAGAUUUCGAUGAAAGACUAGAUAAGUAUAAAUAUUUGAAACUAUUUAUUAAUAAAUAUCAUUAUGUGUAUCCAUACGAAGACAUUGCAGGAUUAAGAAAAAUUCGAAAAUAUGUUAAAAAAGUAUAUAUGAACAAAGGAAAAUUUUAUAUAAAUGAAAACGACAUUUCAAAUAUGUAUUUAAAAACUAAUUUAGAAAAUAUUAUAAAAAAUGAAUAUUUUAUAAAUAAUAUGUUAAAUUUGCACAUAGAUAAUGGAAAAUUCUGGAUACAGCUUGUUCAUAAUAUAUGGAUUCCCCUAAUUAUAGAAAAUUUUAAUUCUACACAUAAUUCAUUUUAUUCUUAUUUAAUGAAUUAUGAGAAUGAUGCCGCAGUUCUUGAUCAGUACACAUUUUCUAGGAAUAACGGAAAAUUUUACAAGUUUUCCCAUUAUAUUUUCACAGGCAUAUUAUUCUGCGGAGUUCCAAGCAUUUACAGACUUCUAAUGAGGUUACAUGUGUACAAAUACAUUGAGAUUCGAAUUAACAUGAUAUUAGAAAAUAAUUAUAAUAAUAUAUACAAUGAAGUAGUUAUAUCGAGUUUAAAUUACAAUAUAGAUAUAAUUAGAAGUCUAUUUCCCUUUUUUAAGGAAUUUAUAAAUAUAGACAUAGAACAAAUAGCUAAUAAUUUUUUGGAGUCUCCUUUUUUUAAUAUAGUCAUUUCUUCCUUAAAAAAAGAGAAUAUUGAAAAAGUUACAGUAAAUCAAAAGUACUUAAAUUUUAUUAACUCUUUUUUUCUUAUGAUAACAGAAUUUUUAUAUGGAAUACCAAAUAAAAAAUGCAUCGAAAAAAUAAAUGAAAAUAAAAUAAAAUUAUUUUAUAUGUUUGACGAAAUUUUCUAUGGCGAUAUGAAUAUAUUAAUUGGUAGAGAUAUUUUACUAUUUAUAGCUGAUUUGUUAUGUUUAUACAAAUUAAGUUCUAUAUAUAUAAAAAAAAAAUAUUGUGAAAUCAUCUUAAAUGCAACAAAUACUAUUAAAAAUAUAUACUAUAAUAAAGGGUUAUUAAUAGAUGAAAAGACAUGGAAACAAGUUUAUGUAAUUGCUGUAAAAAUUAACCAUUUCAUUGACUGUGCUUUACAAAGAAAACAAACGAUAAACGAUAAUAUCAUGUUGCAAGAAUUAACUUUGAUUAAUAGGUAUUAUUUUAAUAAUUUAAAACAAGAAAAUUCUUUAGGAGAAUUUUACUUUUUGAAAAAUAUAAAUUACGGUAUUUAUUGCUGGAAUUCUGUGUGCAAUAAAUUCACCAACAUACAUUCAUUUGAGUAUAAUCAAAAUAAUUUUGAGUAUUGUCAUGGUUGUUAUAUUGCUACGUAUUGUUCAGAACAGUGUAGAUUAACACAUUUACUUUCUUCUCAUCACAAUGUAUGCGUUUACUUUAAAACUAUUCCCUCCUUCUUGAAAUUUAACACUUUUAAUGUUGAUUAUAAUUAUCAUGAUAUGAGAUAUUUAAACAUCUUCCAACACAUUGAUACAUUCGACAAGAAAAAUGAGAAAUAUAAAAUUAUCUAUUGA